CUAGCUGCAGGAAAGCAACAGUGCUGAUGAAAACUUAACUGUUCUCUACUUCACAGACCUGUCCCUGGAGGCCUCUGGCAGACAGCUCUUCAGAUGAACUCCUCCUCCCCAUCACUUCAAGGGAUUUUGCUCAUCACAGCCCUGCCUCCACUAUCCUCUGCUUCCACCGCCCACCACACCCACCACACCCACCUGAAUCACACCAAUACAACCUCUGAGAAACCUGAAGUGAUGGGUGUUUUUCUGCUAGAUACAGCACUGCUCCCAUGCAUCGUUUGCUGUCUCUUUCCCUGCCUUCUCUCUCAUGCAGCUUUCUGCCUCUCUGCAUCUCUAUUUCAGUCUCGCUCAGGCCUGACCACAUAAUGACAGACCAUGCUGUAUAUUAAAGGACCCUGCCCAUGUGUCCUGUCCCGGUCACCUCCCUUUCCAUGGGCCUUUAUAAGCCUCUCACUCAAGGGGGGGGGGGCACUACUCUCCACAGACACAUUGGUAUCUGGAAGGCUCGCAAGAAGACAACAACAUCUACCUGUCCAAACGCUAACCAUGGAUAACCAUUCGUACAACUUCCCCUCAGACUGCACCCCGCUCACCAACUGUAAGUCUGCCCGUAAGCCAGCUGGAUCCACUGUCGUCAACAUGGGCAACACCGGCAAGAACCCUCCCAAGGACUAUCUAGUCUGGUCGCUGUGCAACACUUUGUACGUUAACUUCUGCUGCCUGGGGUUCAUGGCACUCAUCUACUCCAUUAAGGCCAGGGACCAGAAGACUCAGGGAAAUCUGCUUCUGGCCCAGGAGUGUUCGGACAAAGCCAAGUGGUACAACAUCCUGGCAGCCGGCUGGAACCUGCUGAUUCCACUUCUGGCCGUCGGCCUGCUCGUCCUCCUGCUCGUCCACCUGGGAACGUCCCAGGGCUCCUUCGACUUCUUAGGAGAGGACGGAUUCCAAAACUUCAUGAAACUGUUCAGCUGGUAGAUGCAGAUGGAAGAAAAAAAAUAAUAGUCUCAAAGACAACACAUUCACACUAAUAAGGAGAGUGAUUUUGAUUGGAUUCAGCAGAUGAAGGCUGACUUAAAAAAAAAAAAAAAACCUUGUUUAAAUGUCUUCUAGUUUAAACAAAGCAAGUCAUCUCUGAGGUGAACAUAUAUAAAUGUUAGCAUCACAUAUUCGGCCAACUAAAGAAUAAAACCGGUCAUUUGACAAGAACAUUGAAGCUAACACAAAAUAUAAAACAUACUUCUUUGAGGGGAUCAUGAGUGUAUGGCUUUUAGUAUUUUUGCAUCUCUAAUGGUACCAUCAGUAUUAUAACCAGUAAGUCUCCAAGACACGGUCAGUUUAAAUGUGAAGUCAAAGACUGAGGAGCCUAAAAAAAAAAGACGAGUAUGGAACGGAAAGACUAUAGGAGCUGAAGAGGCUGAGAGCUAUACUCGGGGUCAUUUCUGACGUAUUUAUUGUUGUAUUUAUGUUGAAAGGAAAAUCUUAAGACAGCUGUAAUGAUCUCUGGUUCAGGUUAGACAGAGGAGAGAGGAGAAAAGAAGUGAAAGUCUGAAUGUUAGGAUGAUGAAAAGCCACUUGACAAAGGACAUCAACCUUCACCUCUCAUUGAUAGUCACUUAUUCUGUUCCUUCCACAGGUUUUAGAUCAUAUUUCUGUUUUCAUAUACAUCUAUGUUUUAUCAUUAUUCAUGUUUUUUAUUCAAGUAUUUUAUUGUGGUACAUAAUCGUAUUACUGGCAUCUUGUGAGUGAGCUUAAUAAACCAGAUACAGUGUUUCAUUGAAAAA